AUGCAGAGUAUAAAAACUUUACUGCAGACGUGGCAUAGCCAUCCUUGGUGGUAUUGUGUAGUGAGGGCAAGGCUUUUUAACUAGCACAAGUCAUAGUGUGUAACAGGAAAUCCAUACGGUAUUCAGUUUUUUUCUGUGAGGCUCCUUUCAUCAAAUCCUCUCCCGCAGAUUUCUUUGUCAUCUUGAAAGCAAGACCAGUCUCAUCCGAUCAAAAUGGCACCGUACCUGACCCCUGAGCUGAAGAGAGAACUGGUGGAGACAGCCAACAAGAUCAUUGCCCCAGGAAAGGGCAUCUUGGCAGCCGAUGAGAGUACAGGAACCAUGGGCAAGCGCCUGGCCAACAUCGGUGUGGAGAACACGGAAGAGAAUCGCCGUCUGUACCGUCAGCUUCUGUUCACUACGGACCCUGCCAUCGGUAACAACAUCAGCGGGGUGAUCCUGUUCCAUGAGACCCUCUACCAGAAGGCAGAUGAUGGAACACCCUUUGUUGAGCUCAUCAAGCAGAGGGGCAUUGUUCCUGGCAUCAAGGUUGACAAGGGCGUGGUGCCCCUGGCUGGAUUCAACGGGGGCGAGUGCACCACCCAAGGCUUGGAUGAUUUGGGCACACGCUGUGCCCAGUACUAUAAGGAUGGGGCCCGCUUUGCUAAAUGGCGUUGUGUACUGAAGAUCACCGACCUGACCCCAUCGGAUGUAGCCAUGAGGGAGAACGCUAACGUCCUGGCUCGCUACGCAAGCAUCUGUCAGCAGAAUGGUCUGGUGCCCAUCGUGGAACCCGAGGUCCUCUCUGAUGGUUCACACGACUUGGCCAGAUGUCAGUUUGUCACAGAGAAGGUACUGUCCCACACCUACAAGGCUCUGAUUGAUAAUCACGUCUUCUUGGAGGGCACUUUACUCAAGCCCAACAUGGUGAUGGCAGGGCAGAGCUGCCUCACCAAGUACACUCCAGAACAAGUGGGCCAGGCCACGGUGAUCACUCUGCAGAGGACUGUACCCCCAGCCAUGCCAGGCGUGUGCUUCCUGUCUGGUGGCCAGUCAGAGGAGGAGGCGUCAUGCAACUUGAACGCCAUCAAUGCUUACCCCGGCAAGAAGCCUUGGGCACUGACCUUCUCCUACGGCCGAGCUCUGCAAGCUAGCGUGCUCAAGGCUUGGGGAGGCAAGGCGGAGAAUGUCAAGGCAGGACAGGACGAACUGCUCAAGCGUGCACAAGCUAAUGGCUUAGCUGCACAGGGAAAAUAUGGAGGCGGAGCCACUGGGGCUGCAGGAGGGCAGUCUCUGUUUGUAGCUGACCACCAAUACUAAACAGCGCCCUCUUGUGGUUAGGUUCAGAAGACAACCAUCAUCACAACAGGUGAAACACAUCAUGCUAAACGGUGCAUUUCUGCUCAAAUAUAUCUCUAAAGCCCAGUCAAGGCGUGAGAAUUUCAACUCAUUUCACACCAUGUACAUGUAACAUGCAGGGUUCCAGUUGACUGAGAAAAAUGCGCUGCUUCUAUUUGAAGUGCACUCUUUAGCGUUAUCUUGCCUCCAAUUACUAAUGAGUGUCCUAAUCCUUGCUUUGAGUAAUAAAGAAUAAUAAUAUGGUAAGUACCUGUCAAGUUGUGCACGUCCUGUGAUCAAUAUAGUAAUAUAGGAUGAGCGUGAAAUAACUCUCUUGUGUUGUGAACUCAAAGUGGAUUGGAAUAGCAGCCCUGAGAUAGCCUCAUAUAAAGGUUGGUAAAAUAGCCCCCUCUUGUGGUAAGUUUGCUGAUGUGCAGAAAACUGAACUUUAGAUUACGGUUGUGAUUACCCUUCUCAUUAUGAUUUUGUACAAAUUUAAUAGAAAAAUAUGUAUCACGAGUCUAAAAUUCUUGCAGUUGGGGUUUAGCAAACAAGAGGUGAAGUAUUUUCUGUUUAACGAUCACCAGUGGAAGGUUAGGGUAGAAGUCAGACAAGUCUGUUAGCUUAUUGAAACAUCACGACUCUGUUUUCUUAAUUUCAAUCUUGUGGCUAGAACUUUGCCAGCAUUUUAUUUCCCCUGUACACUGUAUUUUCAAAAGUCUCAACACUGCCACAUUAAGUCAACAAUUUUAGGGAGCUUCAUCCAGGAGUGAAGUGACUGAAGUGUUCAGAUUUGAUUGCAGUUCAGAGGGACUACACUGAUCUUGCAGGGACUAUCAAAUGUUUUUGUCAUUGAUAUUCAUGUUCUGUGUUUUACUUGAUAAUUGACUGGCACAAGCAGCACCAACCACAAGUGGACAUUUUCUGUGAUGUAGAGAUUGAAAUGAUAAUGAUGUAUACUGUUUGAUCAUGCCACUUGGACGAUUCUUAAGUUUAUUUAAAAAUUUGUCUCCACCAGCUGCAUUCAGAUAUGGAUUAGUUUAUCUUAACAAAGUCCCUGCUUUUGAUGAGUUCCAAAUAUUUGUAUCCACUCAGUAUCCAUUUAUCUUAGAGUCAGUAAUCCCGUGUGAUGUAUAUUUUUCUGCAUUCUUGGCUUUUUCUUUGAAAUAUUCAUGAAUCGAAAAAAAAUGCCAUAGUUGAGUCAGCUGUGUUGAUGUUCAGUAAUGGAGGAAAUCUGUCAGCAAUUUAGUCUGCCAAUAAAUGUUCCCUUGUUAAAAUACUCAAUUCCUAAACCUUCAGAAAUAAUGUGUGACAUUGGUUGUGGUAGACUCACUUGUUACCUAAUAAUCUUGAAGUACUACCAAAACCAUUUGCUAUAGAUUUGUAUAAAUUUUUGUAUAGAUAUUCCCGCUGAAAUUUACUUUUUUUCCUAAAACAGAGAGAACUGAUUUAAUUUAGAAUAGCUGAGGGAAGGAAUUAUAAUUUUUUUAUUUUGAAUAUGGACAUUUAUUUGCAAAUGUAUAAAACGAUCAUCUUAAAAGUUGGCCGAUACAUGAAACAAGCCAAUGAUUUUACUUUUUGUCAUGUCAUUGACACUGAUUGCAAUUGCCUCUCGGUGGACUUUCAGAUGGGCAAAGAUUAUCUAUUCUUUAUAUUCCCCAUCCAGAUUUUGCAUGUUUCAUAGCUGGUUAUUGCUUGCAUUUGGAUUGUUCAUAGUUCAAUAUUCUUUCGGGAAAAACUGCUAAUAAUAUACCAAUGAUCAUUAAACCAC